AUGACCAACUUCAACAUCGACAUUGUCUCAGACACGGUGUGCCCCUGGUGCUAUGUAGGCAAGAAGCGCCUUGAGAAAGGCAUCGCUGCCUACAAAGCGGCGCACCCCAACUCUGACGACACCUUCUCAACGAAUUGGUUUCCCUUUUAUCUGAACCCUGAUUCACCAAAAACCGGCAUCGACAAGACGGCCUACUACAGGCAAAAGUUUGGCGACCAGAGGACCACAGGCAUUUUCCAGAUGUUGGCACAGCUGGGCAAAGACGAGGGCAUUAAUUUCAAAUUCGGCGGCAAGACCGGAAACACAAGAGAUUCUCACCGACUCAUCCAGCUCGGCAAAACCAAGGGCCCUCAAAUGCAGACUCGCGUAAUUGAGGAGCUCUUCGCCGCCUACUUUGAAAACGAGAAAGACAUCACCUCGCACGAGACUCUGCUCGAAGCCGCUGAAAGGGCCGGCCUCGACAAGAGCGAAGCGAAGGAAUGGCUCGACUCUGACAAGGGGGGCCCAGAAGUCGACAAAGAAGUGCAAGACGCGUACGCGCAGAAUAUUCACGGCGUGCCAAAUUUCACCAUUAACGGCAAGUUCGAGGUUGGCGGCGCGCAGGAACCGGCAGCGUUUGUGCAGUUGUUUGAGAGGCUGAAGAGGCAGGAUGGGGGUGCGGUGGCGAUGAAUUCCGGGAGCAAGUGCUGA